GUUAUGGAGCUCCCAGCAGCAGCAGUGGAAUGCAAUGUUUCUGUUUUCGGGCUCCACACCCUGAUGGAGGAAGAAGGAUUCUGCAGCUCUGCUCCCUAUCUGAAAGAGAAACAACGUAGCUCUUGGGAAGGAAGUAAACAGCAGCUGGGGAGGAGUGUGUCUGACUUUAUGCAUGUGGCAGCUAAUACUGCCAUUUCCACAUCGAUUAACAUGAAAGAGGAGGUCUCUUCUCAAGGACAAAUGGCCAUGGACUUUUCUCAGAAUAACUGCUUGAAGGCCAGUUCAAGGAUACCUCCCAGUCCAGCAGAGAGUUUUCCAACAGAUAUCUCCCUGAAGCUAAUCAUGGUAAAACGAAAGAGUGGACUUCCUGACCCCCGACUGCAGGGAGAACUGAGAGGACGACUCCGUCUUCUGGAGAAUGACAGCAGGGAGGUCAUGGCAGUUUUUAGUGAGCUGUCUGCCAGACUGUUGUCUAUUCACAGUGACCAAGACCUAAUAGUGGUGACAUUUAAAACAUUUGAAGAAAUAUGGAAGUUUUUAACCUACCAUUCCCUUGGUUUUAUAAAUCACUGCAUGGAGAAUUUGUUGCUAGAUCAGUCUUUCUGGCUCUGUUCCCAAGAAGAGAAUGAGGCUAAACAAGAAGAAGCUGGAAUUGAAGUCUGUAUAAAUGAAGAGUCUCUAAAUUUGAUGUACAGAGGUCUCUUAAUACAGGAAGGAACUUUCUUUGUCUUAUGUCCUGACAACCUCAUAAGAGAGACAACGGCUGCAGACAUGGAAAUGAAGGUUUAUCAAGAGAACAGAAGAGUUACUGAAGACAUCUCUGGUGGAUCACUGGGUGAUGACCUGACCUUAUUGGCUAAACCUGCUGCAGAGACUUUGAUCCCUUUUCAUCAAUGGUUUCUUAAAGUAUACUCUGAUCCUGUUAAUUUUGCUAGCAAAAUGGAGUCUAAAUGCAGCAAGAAAAUAGCUACGGGAUCUUCUCAAGCAAUGAUUAGUUAUGCAAGUGCGGUGCCUGAAGAGAUUAGCUUCCAGAGUGGAGACAAAAUUGAAAUAAUUGGCUACUUCAUAGAGUGCCUGGAGUGGUUUGUUGGAAGGCAUAUGUUGACGGGUCAAAUUGGUUUUGUAAAGACGAGCCACGUUAAACCUGACACCUCUGGAACUGAACAACAAAAUCUGGAUUUUCUCGAUGAGGAAGAGAGAACUUUUUUUGCGAAAGAAAGAAAUGUUGUGGAAGAGGAUCUGGUGCAUUUAGUGAAGCAAACGUCAAACACAGAAGUUUGCACUGUGUAUAGAAUAGACAGAUUACAAGAAUUAGAAUUUCAGAACCCUCAAGAACAAGAAAUGCCACACCCCUCAUCUAAUACAGACUCCAAUAGAAUCAAGGAGAUGGUAAAAGAAUCCCUUAUGAAAUGUACAGAUUUCCAGCUCCAGUUGAAUGGGACAUCUAAUCAAGGAAAUGAUUUUCCUAGCUCUUCAAAUCAGCAGACCUGUGCCUUGGCUGAAGAGCCACAUUUCUGCAUGCAACAAGAUGAAGAGGAUCAAGGAUCUGGGGUCUUUGAGUCAUUGUUGUUGUUUUUAAAUAGUGAAGAGUAUGAGGUGCACUUCAAAAACCUGUAUGACUUCUCCUUCCCGUUUCUUAACACCACAUUUUAUGGCUACACUGGUGAAGAAGAACUGGUUAACUAUUUUGGACUGGUGAGGGAGGCAGCAAAGAAAGCAAAUCUGCCUUGGGCCCUAACAAGGCUAUGCUUUCUCUUGGGUAGACUGAGUAUUAGAAAGCUUAAAUUUUCCCAAGCUCGUGUUUAUUUUGAAGAAGCCUUAGGAGCUAUAAGAGGAGGUUUUAGUGACCUGUAUCUUGUAGUUGCUCUUUAUACAAAUCUAACAGUCAUCUACUUGAAACAGAAGAACAAAGAAAAAUGUGCUCAUAUUUUUGACAAGGUUACUUCUCUGCUCAUGGGAAUUCCCAACUACAUCUGUAGCACUGACAUGGAGUCAGACAUACUAAGGUACGCUUUAAAGAGGACAGUACUGAGUCAGAGCAAGCAUGCAGAAGCCAGAGCAUGCUUCCUAUUGGCAAAACAUUACACAAAACUUAAACAAUAUGAAGAGGCACUACCAUUCCUAGAAAGGCUGCAGCUUUUGAAUAAUGACUUGGAUUUACAGAAGAGCUCGCUAUCAGCCGACUGCUAUUUUAAACUAGGUGAGUCCUACAGUCAAAAAUGCUUGCCACACAUUGUGCUAAGUUGCAUAAAGGUCGCUUCUUCCCAAGGAUCAUAUACUCUAAUGGACUCUUUGAGAAGCAUUGAUUUAGUCACCAAAAAUGCUCCCAAACUCCAUAGGCUGAGAAAAGCUGGGCAAAUGUUCCCAUCCCAAAUUGCACCUUAUCUCAGACAAGCACUUUUCUCAGCGUUUACCAAUGAGCAGCAAAAACUGUGCAGCACAAUUUGUCUUAGCUUAUCGGAACUGUACAGUCAUCACAGGCUGUAUGGAGAAGCCAUUGUUUAUAUGGAGAAAGUACUGCACUUCAAUACUUCUGCCCAUGCUGGAGAAACUAUUAACCAUUUAGUUUCACUUGCUUGGUUAUAUAUUCUUCACAGGCAAAAUACUGUAGCUUUGGCGAUCUUAAAUACCAUAAUAGACUCUUCAUUGAGUAGUCCUCCUCAGUUAGGUGUUAUUUAUAAUAUGACUGCCAUUGCUUUGAAACGAACCAACAACACAAAACAAGCUGCUGUGAGUUACUACAAAGCUCUGCACAUUUCAGAAGAGGCUGAUAUGGUACACAACCGUGCUGUAGUUCUGGCUAAUUUUGGAAAUCUCUGCCUGCAUUUAGCAGCCAAUUGUUUGGCAGAGCACUACUAUGUCAAAGCAGUAAAGCUAUUCUCUGGACUUCCAAGCUUGGACUGCGGUCACAAUUUUACUCAAGUCCUCCUCCAACUGGGAUGUUGUUAUGCUAAUGGAACGCAUAAGAAAAGAGGACGAUUUUAUUAUGAAUGGGCAUUAUUGGUGGCAAUGGAAACAAAUCAUUUGGAAAGUCAGCUCCAAGCUGUUCAGUUGCUGUGUCAAUUCUACACUACAGUUGUUCCAGAUGAAGCUCAGUGUGUCAUUUACAAUGAAUAUCAACUAUCCUUGGCUAGGAAAAUGUCAGACAAAGUUUUGGAAGGACAAAUUUUGGAAACCAUCAGUCAGUUGUAUCUCUCUUUAGGCACAGAAAGGGCUUACAGAUCAGCUCUGGAAUAUACCAAAAGAAGCCUUGGAAUAUUUAUAGAUCUUCAGAAGAAAGAGAGAGAGGCAUAUGCGUGGCUUCAGGCAGGAAAGAUCUAUUAUAUUCUGAGGCAGAAUGAGCUAGUGGAUCUUUAUAUUCAGGUUGCUCAAGAUGUUGCUCUUUGUAAUGGGGAUCCAAACUUAGGAGUGGAAUUGUUUGAAGCUGCAGGAGACAUAUUUUUCAAUGGUACCUGGGAGAGGGAAAAAGCAGUGUCAUUCUACAGGGACAGAGCUCUUCCACUUGCCAUUAAGACUGGAAACAAAAAGGCAGAACUCCGAUUAUGCAACAAACUAGUGCAAUUGCUGUUAAAUCUACAGGAUUAUGAGGACAGUCUGGAAUAUGCACAAGUAUCCCUCACACUUAGUGUGAAUUUAGGAAAUCAGCUAAAUGAACGAAUAGCAUAUCACAGACUGGCUACUAUCCAUCAUCGCCUGGGUCAGUGUGAACUUGCUGAACACUUUUACUUAAAAGCGUUGUCCCUUUGCUCCUCGCCUCUGGAAUUUGAUGAGGAAACAAUGUAUUAUGUGAAAGUGUAUCUAAUCCUAGGAGACAUUAUAUUCUAUGACCUAAAGGAUCCUUUUGAUGCAGCAGGAUAUUAUCACCUGGCACUUGCAGCUGCCAUGGACUUGGGCAACAAAAAGGCUCAGUUGAAGAUUUACACAAGACUCGCAAUAAUCUACCACAAUUUUCUUAUGGAUCGGGAGAUGUCUCUUUUCUUCUAUCAAAGGGCAAGAACUUUUGCAACAGAGCUUAACGUUCGGAGAAUAAACCUGGCACCUGAUCAGUAUUAUAAGAACGCAACAUGGGUACCUGUGAAAAAUGUCAUGUGAAGACCUACCAGGAAGCUAGAGAAAUAUCAUUUUGGUUUUGUCAGACAACAUAGAAUGUUUCUUGAUAUACUAUAUUGUACAUAAUGUAUAUGGAAUGUCAGAGACACGGGUUAAUGUCCCUGUCUUGACAACAGUAGGCCAGAUUUCACUUUUGUUGACACAUGUGCAACCACAUUGUCUUCAGUGGAAUUGGAGAUGUACAUGUGAGGGCAGAAUUCAGCCUAGGAAUGAACUAACUAAAACACUCACCCAUAAACUUUUUUGUAUUAGAAGAAAUUUUCUGUAUUAAUUGUUUAAGUUCCUAUUUUUGAAAACUCAUACAGGUCUUAGAAUGUGAUAAAUAUAAGUAUGCAAUGAAGUGUGAUAAUAAACCAUUGUAGAGUGAUAACAUUCACUAGAUAAUCAUGACCCCUUUUGUAUUUAAUGAGAUCAACACUAUUA